AUGGGUCGUUUCUUCUCACAGGUUCACUUUCUCACCAUCGCAACUGUUGCUGCUGCUGUUGCUACUCUCAAUGGCCCGAGUAAUUGCGAUUCAAGCGGACACGGCUCUCGUGUCUCUCACACCACUGCUGACUAUGUCAUUGUUGGUGCCGGUCCCGCUGGUGUUGUUCUAGCUGAGCAGUUGUCUCGUGAUGGAAAGAAGAGCGUCGUUCUUAUUGAAGCUGGUCCUGACAGUAUCAACAAUGCCGUCGUUGACACUCCUGCGAUGUACCCUUUUAUCAUUGAACAAUACUGGAACUAUACCGCACAGGCCGACGACAACCUCGGUGGGGACGCUCCUAAUCUCAGUCAAGGCCGUACCAUUGGAGGAGGUACAGGAGCAACUUUGUCCGGAAAUGACGGUCUUGCCUGGGAGUCCAUCCUCCAGGACUUCCUCGAGGUCAGCCAUUACACAGAGAACCCUUAUGCCGACUACAACCAGGUCGUCAAUACUUCUGCCUACGGAAAUGGUCCUUUGGAAGUCAGUCGAGUCGGCACCUUGACCAGUUUUGAGAACCCUUUCUUCAAUGCUUUGCAAGCCGAACUUGACCUCGAUGAGGUUGACUUGAAUGAUGGAACUGGUAUUGGUCUUGAUCGAGGAUUGUCUUCUAUUACUGCUGUUAACCGCACCCGUUCUUACGGUCGUUCCGCUUUUGGCACAUUGAUUGAAAACCGUUGCAAUGUCCAGAUCCUUACCUACGCCUGGGUCUCAAAGCUCAACUUUCAUGGCGAAACGGCUGUUAGCGUUACUUACAAUGCCAAUGGUGCUGCUACUACAAUUAAAGGUAAAGAAAUUGUCAGCGGUGGUGCCAUCAACACCCCCAAGCUUCUCAUGCUUUCUGGUGUCGGCCCCAAGGAGUCUUUGAAAGCUCUCGGAAUCAAGAUUGUUGCUGACAUCCCUGACGUUGGGGCCAACCUCCGUGAUCACGCUUUCGCUAUCAUUGAGCUUGACGUUGCCCCUGAAAUUCUUACUCUAUACCAAUGGUUCCAAAACGUGACCGUCAACGCCCGUCUUCCGGACUCCACCUGGCAUGGCAUCAAUGGUACUCACUACACCUCCUUACCCGAGGACCGUCCUCAUAUUCUCUUCGAAUUCUCAUCCUUGCCUUUCCUUACCACCAACGGUAGCGCUCUUACUACUUGGGCCAGUCUCAUUCAACCCGAAGGUUCUGGUUCCGUUUCCAUUAACACUACAGACUACACAGCCGACCGUUUGAUCUACACCAACUACUACGGCACCGAGGCCGACAAGGCCGCUAUUAUCGCCGGGUACAAGCUCUUAAUGAAGAUCACCCAAAACGAGGGAAUCAAGAACAUCACCGUCCGCCAGGUUUUCCCCGCCACUGAAUUAACCACGGAUGACGAGAUCUGGGGUGCUAUUCAGUCUCAGACUUACACCUUCCACCACCCCAUGGGAACUGUUGCUAUCGGCAAGGCUCUUGACAAGAACUGGCGACUGAACGGUUUGAGAGGUAUUCGUGUUGUUGACUCUAGCACUUUCCCUCUCCCUGUUACUUGUCACCCUCAGUCCACUGUGUAUGCUUUGGCCAACAGGGCAGCCAAGGAUAUCAUGGCUGCUGACGCCGACUUGGGAGUGCGAGAGCCAUUAAAUCGAUGA